GUUUUUAAAUUUAGGUAAUUCUUUUCUGCUCCUGGACUUAUUAUUUGACUUUCGGUAGACAGAAGAAAAAUCAACAUUUCUCAUCAAUCACUGAGCUUAAACUUUGAAUGAUUAUAACCUGAAAAUUUCUGGUGUUCUUUGGCCUAACCAGUUGAAUGCUUCCUUGAACUCCCUAGCAUGGCUUUAACAAAGUUUACGUUAACAUGUGCAAUCCUCGCCUCCAUGACUUCAUUUCUAUCUGGCUUACACUAUAAUGAUUUGAGCAGUGAAACAGCGGAUUUUUUCAUGAAAAGCGAUGAAAUCAGCAGAAGAAAGAUGGAAAAUUUAUUUUACUUUUUAAUCAUUUUCCAUUCAAUAGCAUCGUUAACUGCUGGAACUUUGUCUGAUCUUAUUGGCCGUAAAUAUAGUUUGAUUUUGUCUAUGAUUUUCUUUUUCCUCGGUUCUCUGGUCACCAGCUGUCUAGCUCUAAACUAUGUCGUGUUCGUGACGGGUUGCCUUUUAUUUGCUAUCGGAAUUAGUUUUGUACAAGCUGUAACUCCCGUUUACAUUACCGAGUUAUCCCCCGAUUCGACUCGCGGGUUCUUAACGACUUUCCCUGAAGUCUUUUGGAGUAUCGGAUAUUUAUUUGACAAUAUCUUUGCUCGUUUCACUUCCAAGAAGCUUUUCACUUGGCGACUCCAGUUAGGACUCGGAACGAUUCCGUCAUUUUUGUUAGCUUUAGCUAUGCUACUCACUUUGCCUGAAUCACCGGGUUGGCUUGUAACUCGAGGUGAACUCAGUGAGGCAACACGAGUUCUUAAGAAAACCUCGGUUAGCGAAGAGGAGGCCGAGUUAAGACUCGGCGAUAUUAAAUUGACCGCUGAGUCAAAACAGAGUGGCUGGGUAGGAUCCUGGAAGAAGCUUCUCCUCCAUCCGUCACCGUCCAUUCGAAGAGCUUUAAUCGCAGUCGUUGGAUUAAAUUUCUUUCGAAAUUCAACAGGAAUUGAUGCUGUGAAUGAAUACUGUUCCAGACUUUUAGCAAUGGCUGGGGUUAAAAAUGGGGAAGAUAUUUUAGGCGUUACAUCAGCCGUCAGAUUAAUCCAGAUUUGCAUCAUCUUGACCGCUGGUUUUCUGAUGGACAAAAUCGGACGACGACCAUUACUUCUGGCCAGCGUCGCUGGCAUGAUCUUAUUCCUCGCUGGUUUAGGUUUGGGAUUGACGAUCGCUUACCAAUCGCAUAAGAGAAUAUGGGCCGUUGAUUUGAGUGUGGCCAUGGCGUUCCUUUGCAUAGCGUUUUUUUCUACUGGACUGGGCCCCGUCACGUGGGUGUACAGCUCGGAGGCUUUCCCUUUGAGAUUAAGAGCCCAAGGCGCAAGUAUGGGAGCGGCGGUUAAUCUGGUUACACGUGGCUUAACGUCGUUGGCUUUCUUAGAGUUGUACGGUUUCAUCACGGUUGGAGGUACGUUUCUGUUGUUCGCUGGAAUGGCAUCAGUGGCGUGGUUGUUUUUCUAUAAGCUACUAUCGGAAACACAUGGGAAAUCCCUCCAUGAGAAGGAGAUUAGAUCAUGUACCUAUGGUGUUGGUACAUCGGCUGGUGCAGUAUUAUCAAAGCGUGAUGGACACGUGGCAAUAUCAAAACGGUUUUAUGGUCAUGAAAUCUCAUCCUUUGAUAGAAAAUUGCUCAAGAGAAGUGCUUCUUUCCCGGUCUCUUUUAGGCCAUCUUCCUCUUUGAAAAAUUAUUUCACAUCAAACACAACCCAAUUUUGAAAAGAAAUAAUAAAAAAAAAGCUUUGAGAUUUAUUUAUAAAGAUUUUAGAUUAUAUAAGAUAUUACUACUAAAUAAUAAUAUUUGAGUUUCAUAUGAUUUAAAAUUUUAAAUUAUCAUUGUCUUUUACACAUGAUUUAUAUUUGUAUAAUUGUAUAAUAUUCUAGAUGUGAUUUAUAUAUGAUGCAAUUCCAUCAUCAUCAAACAUGAGAAAUUAACUCAAACUUGAUUCAUAUUUCAAAAUCCAUGAUUUACUUUGUAUUUUUAGAUUGAGAAUAAGAAAAUACGAUUUCAACUUUAUAAAUAGUAAUGUCUGAGCUUAUAAGUCACGUGCUCAAAUACUUAUUCU